AUGACUGAGGUCGGGCCUGCCGACCGCGCCAGGCUUUUGCGAUCCAAACGCGAUGAAUUCAGGGGCGUCCUCGAUGAGCGCAGCAUCCCUGCGCGCCCACCACUGCGAUAUGAUGCCUUUAGGCACUCUUUAGAGAGGUCUGACCUCUUUGCGCAGCCUACACCCUCUCCUAACCCCUUACAACCUCCGACUCUCGACAACAAACACACCCAGCACGCAACGACGACCCCUAAACCUAAGCCGCAGACACCUACCCCGGGCCACGACAUCUCGGUGCAGCCAACUAGACCGCCGCAGAAGCCAUUAGACCUAUCUCUACCGCCGAAACCCAUACACCCUCAGUCGAUCUCUCCAGCUCCUCCAAAAACAUCUGCGCAGAGGAUUGUCCCGCCUACCUCUAUCCACACGCCUUCCAAUGGACAUGUUGGGCCGAAUGGUCAUGUCUCCAGGUACACCAAGCAACCUGGCGAGACCAGCAUACGCACAGGCGCGACGGAAAGCACACCACAAGAAAGUGAACUGAAGGAUGCCGAGCCGAAGCUUAUGACACGUCCAUUCCCGUCUUCGGCCGUGUCGCCAGCCGAAAAGUUCCACGAUGCAAGGAUCGAGAAUGGAGUCACUCGGUCAAAGCAGGUCCAGGAAGCGUCGCGUCCUGCCGACAUUCUGUCCUCCCCCGGAUCGACUGCGCACACCGCUGCUACACCCGUUGUUGGAGAUGUAUCGACAGAAACGAGUCCGGAGCACGAGCCAGCACGACUUGCCGAACGCAACGAUGGCCAAAGCCACACAGCACAGGCGGAACCGCCUGCGAAGAAAUUGGCUCUGGAAUCGGAGGUUAUGGCUUCUAACGAGGGCGACUCGACCGAGGCCCGAGUAUUGGACGGCCCCGAGGCUCAACUGAUCCAAGAAUCCCUGAGUGUCGCUUCGAAAAGGGCGGCGGCUCAAUCUGCAUUGGCACGGCCCCAGAUUUCUGUGCCAGUACCACAGCCUGUCGAGGUCAAACAAGAACCAUCGAGGUCCAACCAACCUUCGGCUACAGAAAAGCUUAUCUCGCCAUCGACCUCACCAAAUGUCAAGACCACCGCAAGCUCUCAACCCUCGGCUUUGGCUGCAGCUUCUCCGGCAGAAAUUCCCGACAGCCAGGAUUCAGCUUCCGCCGAUCGUAUGGACGUUGACCCGCCGACGGCAGCCCCUCCUCAGAAGAAAACGGAAGCCGUCAAGCUGACGUCCCAGCCGACAGUGCCGCCCACAGCAAAUUCCGCCGAUGCGAUUUCUUCUUCCCACCAAAUGCCGGCUGAUGUAGCUCACGCACCUGAGCGUGCAGUCACACGAGUUAGCACCGGAGCCAUCCGACAAAAGUCUGUCUCUGAGAUUCUAGGCGAGACGCGGGCUGCGCCAGCCAAGGAAGACUCUGUCAGUGUUGAUGUACCGCGUGCUCAAUUAACCCCCGUCACUUCCACGCCUCAGUCACCAGCAUCCCGGUCCAGGUCGGGCUUGUAUCGACGAAAGCAGAAGCCGAAGAACCAGAUUUCGGCUGUUGUAUUUGGCAAGUCUCACAAGCGAUCAUCGUCCGACAAGAAUGCUCUAAACAGGGAUCCGAAGACUGAAUCCUAUCUGCCCACGGACGACUAUUUCACUCCGCUCUUUGUCCAAGGCUUCAGCCAAUCCAGCAAGUGGAUGAAGCCCAUCGAAGUGGUACUGAACCAAGCGCACAAGACAGUUUCGACCUCAGAUGCGAACAUCGCACUGUUGGACAACCAGGCUUGUCGCGUGUUGAGACGGGUAUACAACCUUCAGCAGCAGGACAAAUGGCUCCUCCGACAGCCGAAGCGGUGUCCUGAGCCAGCCAGGCAGGAAUCUCACUGGGACGUGCUUCUCGGAGAAGCGAAGUGGAUGCGGACGGAUUUCCGUGAAGAACGAAAAUGGAAGACGGCAUGUGCUCGCAACCUCGCAAACGCCUGUGCUCUCUGGGUUCACUCAGGCGAGGAAGAUCGCAAAGCACUGCAGAUCAAUGCCGUGAUACCACCAAAGACCCAAGCAUCCGAUGGCGACGUUUUGAUGACCCAAUCGGAACAGGAUGCCGCGAGAUCCAGCACUCUUGAUCUGAUCGCAGGCGACGUGGACACUCCAGAACAUCUUGAGGAAGUUCACCAUGACAUUCUUGAAACGGUUGCUCCCUCGGCGAUUUUUGCUUUGCAAGAGGACGACGUCGUCUUCGCCAUGCGGAGUUCACCAACGGCCAAUUUGUUGCUGGAUGAGCUUCCGAUGUAUGGUGCUCCACUUAAGGUACCUACUUUUGACUUCUCCGGACCCGAGUUCGACCCGGAUGCGCACUGGAAGCGACCUGCACUGCCACUCAACAAGUAUGUUGAAGGCCAGAUGAAGCUUCUGUCCGAGGGACCGCCACGUAAGCGAGGUCGCUACGAGUACGAGGAAGAGGAAGAAGAUGACGAGGACCGUGUUAUAUUCGGCGAAGAACGCUUCAAAGGAACUAAUGUUGCUCCCGAAAGCGCUGAUGUUGCGCUCUUUAACCCUGACCUGAAAUCAAUCAGGGAUCGGCUUCACGCCAGCCAUCAAUUCCGACCGCCGGCAGAAUACAACAUGCCAAUGCAGUCCUUCUACGAGAGUCGGCAUGCCUCGCAGUGGACCCCGGCAGAGGAUGAGGAGCUGCGCGAUCUGGUUCGACAAUACUCAUACAAUUGGUCCUUCAUCUCGAGCAUCCUGGCCCCUCGAUGCUUGUAUGCACCAGGAGCUGAAAGGCGAACGCCUUGGGAGUGCUUUGAACGCUGGAUCAAUCUGGAAGGUCUGCCGUCGGACAUGCAGAAGACCCAGUACUUCAAGUCGUACCAGAACAGAAUUGACGCUGCUCAGCGUGUCAUCAUGCAGCACAACCAGCUUGCACAGCAACAGCAGCAGCAGCAGCAGCAGCAGCAGCAGCAGCAGCGGCAGCAGCAGCAACAACAGCAGCAACAGCAGCAGCAGCAGCAGCAGCAACCGGCGCAACAGUCGGCGCAGCAGCAAGCAGCGGGUGGCCCUAACAACACGCCCACCACCCCGGUUCCCCGAAGACGACCAAGCAGCACUCCGAUUAGGGUUGAAAGACGCCGACAGCAGAAGCACCUCACGCUCAUCGACGCGAUGAGGAAGCUGGCCAAGAAGCGAGAAGCCGCCGCCCAGAAGCAACAACAGGCUUCCCAGACAGCGGCCAUGCGGAAGGCGAACGAGGCCGUGCAGCCUAGGGGCCCAACGAAGACGCCUAGGGACUAUAGCAUCAUGAGAUGGGAGCGCGAUCAGGCACUUGCUGAGAAGGUGGCUUUAUACCACCAGCGACAAGAGGCUCAGCGCAAGGUCGCGGCACAAGCACGUGCACAAGGUCAAAAUGGCCAAGUUCCCACCACGCCUGGUGCCGGCCAGCAGGCUCCGAACGGUACUGCACAGCUCAACAUGCCUCGAGCGAAUGGUCCAAACCAGCUCGCUGCUGCCGCCGCCGCCGCCGCCGCCGCCGGACAAGUCCGAGGUCGUGUUCCGAUGCCCGCGCAGCAGGCCGGUAUGGCGCAUGCCGGUGCGCCGCAAAUGGGCAACCUGGUACCUCCCAUGCAGAUGAAUGGAGCAACACCCGCUCAGAUGCAAGCUGCUGCCUUGCAAGCACAGCAACAGCAUAGGAUGCAGCCGAUGCAGAACCAACAAACCGAGGUCAUGAUGCAGGCACGUCGUAUCUCUGAGCAGCAGCGCCAUGCUGUUCAGAUGCAGCAACAGAGUCAACAGCAACCCGGCCAACAGAUGCAUCAGGGCACCCCUGGAUCUCAGCCGUCCCACUCGCCUCCGAACAUGGCUAACAUACGCACCGCCAACGGAGUUCAUAUCAAUGGCAACGGUGUUAAUGGUGUCAAUGGUGUCAACGGCAUGAACGGUGUUAACGGCAAUGUUGCCAAUGGAGUCGUCAACCAGCAAAACUUCAUGGCGAAUGCGCAAACGCAAGCCAUGAUGGCAACCAUGAACGCUGCCAACGGUAACGUCUCAACACCACCUGCAAGUGGGUUGCACAUGCCAAAUGGCCCCUCCGGCUCGCCUCGCGCUCCGGAUGCAUUGCCACAGUCCAACAUCAAUGCCCACAUCCAAGCGCUGGAGAUGCAAUAUAAGGCCAAAAACCCUAUGUUGACGCCGGAACAGGCACACAGGAUGGCUAGGGAGCACCUCACUAGGGUCAUGAUGCACCGGCAAAGCGCUGCCAACAUGUCACAGUCCGCCAUGAACGCGGCAGCUGGUGGAGGCGGGGGCGGAGUGUCUCCAGGUAUGGCGAACGGAAUCACGGCGACGCCCAGCCCCCACCAGUAUGCGGCGCUUCUGAGGCAGCAACAGCAGCAGCAGGCUGCGCACGCCUCCGGCCAGGGUGGACAGCAUCAUCAAGCACAGCAGCAACACCAUGUUCAGCAGCAGCAGCAACAACAGCACCGUUCGCCUCAGCCGAUGCAACAAACACCUCAGCACCAGCACCCGCAGCAGCACCAGGUUCAACAUCAACACCAGCAGCAGCAGGCUCAUCAACAUGCUCAACAACGGUCAACGCCGCAGCAGUCCUCCCCGACACCGCAACCUCAGCAACAGCAGCUCCAGCCUCAGCCUCAGCCUCAGGCCCAACAGCAGCCUCCACAGCAGAAGCCCCAGCAACAACAUCUGCAGCAGAAGCCGCAACAGCAACAGCUUCAACAACAAAGGCAGCCUCAGCAGAAACAGGCCCUUCAGCAAAAACAGCAGCCUCAGCAGCAGCUCCAGCAGCAGCCACAAGUCAAGCCACAAGUUCAGCCACAGUCUCAAUCACAGGCCUCGACGCAAGCUCAAGCUCAAGCUCAAGCUCAAGCUCAAGCUCAAGCUCAGGCUCAAGUUCAGGCUCAGACUCAGGCUCAGACUCAGGCUCAGGCACAGGCUCAUCAGGUACAGGCUUCAGCCCAACCUCAAGCCCAGGCCCAGGCCAAGUUCCAGGCGCAAGCGCAGGCUCAAAUUCCAGCACAGGCUCAGGCACAGACCCAGGCGCAAGCCCAGGCUCCGAACCCAGUUGCAGUCCAGACGCCAGCUCAAACCCCAGCGCAGGCCCAAGGUCAGGCCCAGACUCAAAGUCAGCCUCAAGCACAGAAUCAGACUCAGGCUCCGGCCCAGGCUCAGGCUCAGGCUCAGGCCCAGGCUCAGGCCCAGGCUCAGGCUCAGGUUCAGGCUCAGGCUCAGGUUCAGGCUCAAGCUCAGAAGCAAGGCACCCCGCAGCUGCCACCGCCGCCGCCACAGAGGCAAGCCAGUGGAAGUGCGACACCUUCGGGAGCUUCAUAG